AAACACAAACACAAACAGACUCCAACCUCAUUAAAAAACGGAAAAAAAUGGGGUCUAGUCGAAGAUAUAAAGACAGACAGCAGGCUAAGGACUCUGUUGAACACAAGGAAGACGUUAAUGAAGAAAUGGUUACAUCACAAAUGGUAUUAGUAACAGAAAGAGCAACUCAGGAAGAACUACAUCAAGGAAGUUAUUACGAUACUACCAUCUCUGAAACACAUGAUGACCCUAUGCUUUCUGGGAUUCUGGAUUAUGAGGCUCAAAGCUCCACUAAAUCAAACUAUCCAGAGACCAACCUUGAAAGUGUAUUGCCUGGAAGUGAAAGUCACCAAGCAGAUCACGUUCAGAAAGAAGCCCUCUUUUUUUGGGAUGAGGAUAGUGAAUCCUCUUUACAAACCCUGCCAGCAGAAAUGCCAGCUCCAAACUCCCAAGAGCAACAAAUUGACUGGAAACUAGGCAAAGACUCACCUGCUGAAUCAUACAACAGACAUAUGGAGGAAGUUGUUCAAGAGACAGGAGACAAUAAACAAGUUGAAACAACAAAAAUACCAUUAACAGGAGAGACAGCAGAGCAGGAAAGGGGUACGGAAAAAGAUUUCUUCAGGCAGGAUGGAAAUAUACAGGGCAACUAUGAGAUGAAUCAGUCAGCUUUCACACAAGAGAUACCUACAGAAAAAGACCAGCCAGGAGAUAAUCCUGAUAAUGAAAGUGUCGAGCAAGAAGAGUCAACAGAGUUGUCUUCAAACGAGGAAGAAAAAGAGCCAUUGUCUCAGGUUAGUGUAGGUCACCAUUUAGGAGGCACUGUUAAUGAAAUACAUGAAGAGGAGGUUAAGCCAACCCAAGUGGAAGAAGUACAUCAACAUAUUUACUGCUCAGUUGAGGAGAGUGAUUCUUCAUUACAUGCACUGCAAUCUGAAACUAAUGUUUCUUCAGAUUCCGAACUUCAGCAAAUCAACCCCAUUGGGAACAGUUCUUGUCAUAGAAAUAGAGAAAGGCAGCAUGUUAAGAACACUGUAACUGACACUUUUUAUGAACCCAAGGAGGAGAAUUUAAGUCAGCUUACAGAAUUUGACAAAACUGACUUGACACUAUCACCGAAAGAAUUGGGUUUGAAAGAUGGUUUAGACAUAGAGAAUACUCCUUGUCAUGAUGACAUUGUCUUCACAGGGUCCUCCAAUCCUCUUGAGCAAGAAGAUGACUAUCACAACCAAAACAAGGAAGCUUUAUCUUGUGACAAAGAAGAAAAAAAAGAUAUGCAAAAGACAAACGAUGCAGUAGAAACUGUGGGAGAUGUCACAAUAGACAACCAUAACAGAGAAGCAAGUACUGCAGCUGGAUCAGUUUCUGAAAAGGAUGAAGUUGACGGAAAAUUGAAAGAUCCUAUGAAGACAGACCAACAAGCCCAGGAUAAUAUGGCUUCACAGGAUAUCACAGAAUCUGAAUUCUUUGCUAAACACAAAACGGACUCUCUGGUUCCGUUGGACACUGGUCUUGUGGCAAACUCUAAAGCAGAGCAAGCUGUGGAUGUGGCUGAGGAAAUUGGAAGUGAUCAUUUGCAAGAACAAUCUAAACAAAGGAAGAGAAAGUUUGGCUCUAAUCGCCGGACUCUACACAAAGUUAAUCCAGAGGGAGGACAGGAAAACAAAGAUGAGACCAAAAGGGUGGAAUUUAAAACUGAACCUGAAGUGAGAGAUUUUGAAAAAGAAGAAGUAAUGGAUGAAUUUCCAGCGCUUGCCACUGCAGAGGUUUCAAUGAAUGAAAAAGCAAAACCAUCAUUGAGUUUGGUGUGCAUUCCACAAAGCAAAACUGAUGAAACAAACAGUGUUCUUGACUUAGGACAAAUGCUGCAAAGCAGGUACUCUGACCCAAAAGCUUUAGAGAGCAGUACGAUACCAGACAAAAAUCUGUUGCUGUCUUCGAAUACUGAGGAAUGUACAAAUAUUGGUAUCACAGGAGGAAGCUUUGUGUCUUUAGAUGAGACUCAAGGAUCACAAAAUGAUGAGGAAAGGCCGGAAAGUGCCAAUGCUUUACAACAGCAAGCUUUGAAGUCAACAGAAAAGCAGGUUGUGGCUGUGGAAGAUUUGGAAAUAGUUAAAGCUGUGGUUAUUGGAGGUGAAGAAGAGCAAAACAGUGUCAAGCCCAGUAUACAAGAGUCAAGCAAUGUGGAAGAAGGAGCGCAGAAAACAGAUCUCGAGAUGAAGAAUGCAAGCCCAAAUUUAAAUUCUACACAACCGAGAAGAAAGAUGGGAUCCACCCGGAAGAAUCUCAGAUCAAAAACCAAGAUGAAGAGUUACCUCAAAAGCAGGAGGUAGACGAUAAGGCAAUAGAGACCACAACAAAUGCUGAAGAUGUAACGACCAAUUUUGUUUCAGGCAUCCAAGAAGAAGAGCUGAAACUCCCGGUAGAACAAGAGGACAGUGACUCUGUACAAAAGAAAGAUAGAGUAUUGGAAACAGUUGAGUACAGCCACACAAGUGAAUCUCACCUCACACCUAAGGCUCACCAAACAUCGGAGGAAAAUCCUGUUUCCAGUAGCGAAUCAGAGCAUCAACAAGCUCCGAAUUAUCACCCUGUAAUACCUUCCACCACUUCCAAAGAAGAUGUAAUGUCAGAAUCAGCAGCUGGUGGGAGGAAAAGAAAAAUGGGAUCGAACCGGAAGUCUCGUGGACAACAAAAGAAUAGAGAAGAAACUGCAAGCGAAGACCAUAUAAUCAAUAAAGAAAAUGGGAGCGAUGGUGGAAGUGUCACCGAUGAAAGUGCCAUUAAGACAGUCGAGGAAGAAUUGUUGGGCCUGCAUGAAACAUCUGGGAUUGAAAAAACGAACAAGAAAGAAUCACCAAACAGCAGAACAUCAAAAGCAGGAGAAGACACAAAGCCAGUGAGUGAGAAGAAACCUGAACAGCAGACUCCAGUUCAACGUCCCUCUGCUGAUAUCCGCCUUGGUCAGGAGGGUCACCAAACAUUCUCUCUGGCAGGUGAUAGCUCAGUUAACAGAUCAAACUCUUACAACGUGGUGAUGGUGGGAGACAGCAGUGUUGGCAAAACCUCAUUCAUGAAAAGAGCUCAAAGUGGGAAGUUCUCUCUAGAAAUACCUGCAUCCAUUGGACUCGAUUCCUGCCUGUGGACUGUAGUGGUUGAUGGAAAACCUGUGGUGCUGCGGUUGUGGGAUACAGCAGGUCAAGAAAGGUUUCACAGCAUUACAAGACAGAUUUUCCACAAAGCCCAGGCCUUUCUUCUGAUGUACGACAUCACUUCGGCUUACAGUUUUUCUGCAGUCAGCUACUGGGCAAGCUGUAUUCAGGAAGGGGCUCCAGAAAAUGUGACCGUUUUACUUCUUGGCAAUAAGAGUGAUCAUGCAGAACGUCAGGUUAAAACUCGGGAGGGGGAAACCCUCGCUAAGGAGUACAACUUUGAAUUCAUGGAGUGCAGCGCUGCCACGGGAGAAAAUGUGAUCGAGUCUUUGGAAACUAUGGCCAGGAUGUUGAGUCAACAAAUUGGCACAAGAGAGGAAGCCACAGUGUCGUUUAAAGAGCCACAGAAGAAGAAAUCAUCAGGAUGUUGCUGAACUGUCUUUGCGCAAAGUUUGCACAUCACAACAGAAGUGUGUAUAAAGAAAUACAGCUGUUCCUUUUAUCUAUCCGUACAUAUUGUAUUCUGUCACAUAAGUGUUUAUGUUAAAGUUCCUUUUUACUAUUACCUUCAGCUUUAUAGGUGCUGGUGGAUUAUAAGAAAAGCUCAGGAAUUCUGCUAAGACUUAAUGUACUGAGUCUUUGAUGUAAACUUAGUAUCAGUAAUGGAUGUGUAUUGUUCCUCAAGGAGAGGUGGGGGCAGAAAAACAACAAACAUGAGGACAUGGGAAAAUGAUCACAACAGUUACAAAGAACAGCCACAUGAAAAAAAUAUUUAUGUGUGAAUCAAAACUAUUAAACCUGAACUGAGUCGGUAAAGUAAAAAAACAAAGCAGAUUCAGCAUGACGCUUGAAACAUGCAUGAUUUAAACCAUUUAAUGUCUGCUAAUAAAGCUGCUGUAUGCUCAUUAGUUUGCUAACUAACAGUAGUGCUAACAAAAAUGUUUCCCACUCAGAUUUAGAAGGUCACAGAGGCCUCUACAAAUAAUAUGAAAAAUCUAAAUCUAAUGAUGCUGUAGUGUUGCUGCACACUUUCUUUCGAGGCCAGUCAAUGAAAACAGAUGUAAGAAAUAAUGAUUGUAAAAUAAUGUACUCUGUGUGAUGUAUACAAACAGAGAAUGUUUUUUUCUGUAUCAUGCUGCACUGUGCUUAUAUUUUAAAUGAUAUUUAUUCUUGGGUAUGAAAGGCUUUCUCUUCUCUUAGAAACAAACACAAUAAAUCAAUAUUUGUUUUUCUUCUCCGAGUUACAAGAAAGAUCAUUUACUGAUCUGCCCCAAAAAACUCAACACUUUGUUCACUGGCACGGUCAGUUCAGAAAACUUCCUCAAUUCUUUCAGUUAAAAAAGAUAAUCUGUCACGAUCUUCUUCUGAUCAUAUCCUGUCUGUUCAUCAUGGACACCCUAUUGCUGCAUCUUAGUUUUUACAUGUCGCUUGUGCAAUAUACAUCUUGUGACUGUUAGACAUUUUUGUACAUUCAAUUAGUGGAAGAUUAUUUGUUUUAUGUUGCUCAUCUGUUCUGAGUUAAUGUUUCUGGAACUUGUCCCGUUCUAAUUUGUCAAGCAGCUGGUUGGACACAUGAGCACAAAUAAAAUGAAUGCAUUUGUAUUAAGAGAGGCUUUAUAUUCUUGCAAACCUAUUUAUUUUGUUUGACAGAGUUUCUGUUUUCUUUAUAACGCAUGUUACUAUUUACCCAACGUCAGGUCUCAUGCUUAAUAAAUCUGCAGAACCAUGUCUGUUAAUUUG